AUGAAUAGAGAUGUAUUAAACAUCAUUUUUAAGUCUUUUCUCCCUUGUGGUUGCUCCAAAUUAAGUUUAACAUAUUCUUUUUCUUUCAAUCAACAGAAUUUGACAGUGGAAACAAAUAACGGAAGGACGGUGUGCGUGGGAGAAUUCCCCUCCUUCCUUGCAAAGCCUUCUCCAACCGUGACGGUCCGAGAAAAAGAUAACGUGACAUUGCCUUGCAAAGUAGCAGGGUUUCCACAGCCGGUAAUCACGUGGUAUAAAGACGAUCACGUGCUACAAGGAGAAGGAAGACAGUUUUUGGAGAUAAAAGAAAUUCUGUUUGAGGACCGCGGUAACUAUACGUGUACAGCGAAGAAUCUGCUGGGAACAGCUCGAUUAUCAUUCAGUGUAACUGUGAAAGUGAAAACAAAAUUCCUGACAAAGCCAAAAAAAUCUAUCACCACUUACAAGAACUGGGACACAACUCUCAAAUGCGACAUCUUUGGCUACCCCUACCCUGUGAUCACGUGGUCAAUAUCACUCAAACAACUUCCGGUCAACAGACAUGUUAUUGAUGGUGGCACACUUACGAUAAAAAACACGAUAGAGGACGAUGGCGGUGCUUAUGUUUGCGAGGGAGCUAAUGAACUUGGAAAAGUGAUGGCAGUUACAUGGGUCGUUGUGACCGAUGAAGUGAAUCCUUACAUUGUGUCAAGUCCUCCCAGUAAAAUUCAAGUGCGAAAUGUUGGCAAUUAUGUGAAGUUACAUUGUUCCGGUGGUGGCUUGCCACUGCCUGACGUCAAAUGGUUCAAGGAUGGACGUUCUGUUCCUUCCACGGCAAUCCGUAACGGAACAGACUUAAUUAAGAGUGAAUUUGUCAUUAAUCGCUUCAGGCCGAGUGACGCUGGGAUCUACAAGUGUCGAUUUUACAAUGACGAGAAUGGAACAGCGGAAGCCAGCACAACCAUAAGUAUCGCUUUGUUUUGNGGUGUCCCGUUAAACGGUCAAAAGCUUGGCUCGCGACACUGGACUGGUAAAUCCGUCUCGUUCAUUUGCAAUCCGGGAUAUCGCUUGAUCGGACCGGCCACAAGAGUGUGUCUGUCUUCCGGCAACUGGAGUGGUAUACAACCUUCAUGUCGCAUAGCCUGCCCGCCCUUAAAAAAUCUGAAGAAUGGCUUCAUCCACGUACAGCAGUAUUGGGAAGGGAGACGCGUUUUGCUUACUUGUGAUCCAGGAUACUGGCUAAAAGGAUCAUCGGAACGUCACUGUCUAGCGAAUGGUAGUUGGUCAGGAGUUCAACCUUCAUGUAUUGGAGCGAUGAUCCAAUCGAAUACUAUCCAAAGCAGAUCAUAUUACUUCACUCACUUUAGUGAAAUCAUGCAACCCGUUGCUAACUCCAAUUCAGUUUGGAAGUUGUGUUAUCGCGCCUCCUAUCACGGCUGGGCAGCAAGAAUUUUCCAUAGCAAUUGUGAUGGGAAACGCGACACGGUAACCAUAAUCAGAAAGGAUCAAUACGUGUUUGGAGGAUACACAGACAUUCCCUGGGCGUCCAGUGGUGGUUAUGGUUUAACUUCCAAUGCGUUCAUAUUUUCACUCCACAACAAAGAAGGUCUGAAGCCAUUUAAAAGCAUUGUGAAAGACCCAUCCAAGGCCAUUUACAGGGACUCGGGUUGUGGCCCAACAUUUGGUGGAGGACACCAAAUUAAAAUUGCUGACAAUGCCAAUAGUAACACGAACUCCUACACAAAUUUUGGCAGCUAUUACUCUGUCCCAAGUGGAGUACAAGACAAGAGCACAAUCCUGGCUGGUGCCUACCACUUCGCACCUGAUGAGGUGGAGGUGUUUUAUCUUGGCUGAAUCACAAGAAGUGUGGAGUAAAAACAAACACUAAACCACCGGCGCAUAUUUUAAUAUUUUCUACAUGUCAUGGUCGUAGUAAAUAGACCCUGUUAAAUAUUUGUUGCUGACGAAGACAUUUUCAGCCAAUGACCGUUUUUACUGACUGUUCGGGAGAAAAAGUUAUAUGUAUACAAUUUUGUGUAUGAACUGCUAUUUUUUUUUCUUUU